AUGAAGGAAAAAGGGAAAAAGGAUAAAAAGUGUAUUGAAAAAAUAAAAAAAAAAGUAAAGAAAGGAAGGUAUGACAAAAGGACGGAGGGUAAAGCCAAGCAUGUUGACGUUCCUACGAAUGCACAAAUGAACGAUGUAGAAUUCGUACAUACGAAUAAUUUAGAAGAAACAAAAAAUAAUCUUAAUGAAGAUAUAAACGAAUUCAUAUCAAAGCGAAUACCAAAUAUUAGUAGAAAUUUAAAAGUAGAGUUAUUUGUAGCCAUACCCUCAACAAUAAUAAAUAAUAGAAGCGAUGUUAUAAAAUCAUAUUUAUCAAGUUAUUUGGCAAGAAUAUUUACCAUAUUUUCUAUUUCAAAAGUGUAUAUCUACGAUGAUCAGUUAGCAAAUGAACGUCUUAUAAAUAAGCAAACUAACUACAAAAGCAGUGAAAAUAACUAUUAUAAAAAAGAGGAUAUCAACAAGUGUAAUCAGCAUGCUGAUGGCAGCAACAGGGACGAGGGAAAGAGAAGCAGUAAGAGAAGUAGUAGUAUUAGUGAUAAUAUCGUUAGUACGAAUAGCAGAAACGGAACAUGGGUUGCAAAUAGGGAAUGCUUUAACCCGCAAACAGAGAAAAAAGAAAAAUCGGAAUAUUCCUACCUGUGCAAAUACCUGCAUUAUAAUUUACAAUAUUUAGAAACUCCACAGUAUUUAAGAAAGCACUUAUUUCCAAUAACACAUUUUUUAAAACACUCAGGAAUUAUGAACGCAGUAGAUGCUCCUCAUCAUUUAAGAAGCGAUGAAUGGCUUCCAUUUAGAGAAGGAGUGGUUGUAAAAAAAAUAUCUAAUGGUAUUAUAGUUGAUGUAGGUCUAUUUUCAAAUGCGUUAAUUGAAAAUGUUUCUUGUAUAGACAUAGGAACACGAGUUACUGUUUUAUUUGAUGCACAAUCUUUUGAAAUUUUUCGAAAAAAAAAUUCGAAAGUUUUAUUCACAGCAAAGGUAAUACAUCCGACUAUACCAAAGCAGUAUAAUGUAUAUUGGGGAUAUUCGAUAGAAAUUUUAAAAAGUUUGAGUGAUAUUUUUAAUUUGCAAGUUGACUGUAUCGUAGGUACCUCGGAAAGGGGGCGGGUCAUGGAUGAUGUGCUCUCUUCAUUAAAAAACUUUAGCUCCAUCCUCAUUGUGUUCGGAAACAGAGAUGGAUUGGAAGAUUUGCUGAUCAAGGAAAAAGAAGAAGAGAAAAAAAAGAGCUACAGUGGAGAGAAGAAAAGUAGGAUCUUAAAUAAAAUUUUGAAAAAAUUUGACAUGUUUAUUAACACGUGUCCCUAUCAAACAUCCAGGACAAUAAGAACUGAGGAGGCCGUAACAAUAACUCUUUCGUUGUUCCACAACAUGCUCAAGUAG